CUGUAGCCUCUCCUCCUCUCUGGGCGGUUCCAGUCAGAAAGAGACGUUUAGGAAGAAAGCUCACCAACAAAACUAUCCGCGCAGACACAAACAUGGCGCCUACCUCCGCCGACAACUUCAGAUGAAAGUGUGGCGAAGAAGUGGCCAACAAAGUUUCAAAGGAGUAUUUCGAAGUGCCUUUUUUAGCGCGCCUUCCUGGUUUAACCAGUCUCGGUUUUGCACAAACUGAAAUACGGAAUAUAUCAAGCGAGUAAAAACAGCAAGUUGCCUACAUGUCAACAUUGUCUCUCGCUGCAGUGUAAACAGCUGGUACACCCAGCCAUGAUCGAGGACAAGGGUCACCGUGUGACCGACUACUUUGUGGUGGCCGGGCUGACAGACAAGUCCACGCCCCUGGAGCAGGACCUGUCGGAGACAAAGUCCAGCGGGCCCAAAGCACCCAUCACUGACUUGGCUGUCAUUAACAGGUCGGCAGGGGAAACCGUGCCCGAGGGCUUCACUUGCAUCGACAGUACCUACAGCGGCCAACCAGCCAACCUUAAUCAUGGCAGUCUUAAGAGCCCCGAGCUGUUUCUGUGCUACAAGAGGAGUCGAGGGAAGCCUCCUCUCAUUGACAUUGGUGUGCUGUAUGAGGGUAAGGAGCGACUGAUCCAGGGCUGUGAGGUCAUCCAGGCCACGCCGUACGGCCGCUGCGCCAACGUCAACAACAGCUCUGCCACCUCGCAGCGCAUCUUCAUCACUUUCCGCCGAGCACCGCCCGUCCAGCCUCAGAACUCCCUUGCAGUGACAGACAUCUGCGUCAUUGUCACCAGCAAGGGCGAGACCCCACCACAUACCUUUUGCAAGGUGGACAAGAACCUCAAUUGUGGCAUGUGGGGCUCCAAUGUGUUCCUGUGUUACAAGAAAUCAGUAUCUGCGUCCAAUUCCAUCAGUUACAAAGCUGGUCUCAUCUUUCGUUACCCAGAAGAGGACUAUGAGUCUUUUCCUCUGUCAGAAUCUGUCCCUCUGUUUUGUUUGCCCAUGGGUGCCAAGAUCGAGUGUUGGGCACCAAACACACGUGAUCCUCUGCCUGUCUUCUCCACGUUUGUCUUAACCGUCUCUUCUGGUGAAAAGGUGUAUGGAUCAGCCAUCCAGUUCUACGAGCCAUAUUCAGUGGAUCUGUUGAGCGAGAAGCAGAAGAUCCAGCUGGGCCUGCUCACCACGGUGGAGAAGAAGAUGAUCCCCAACCGGCCUGUAAACACCAACAAAUGCAUCUGCCUGCUCUCCCGCUGGCCCUUCUUUGAGUCCUUCCGCAAGUUCCUGAUGUUCCUCUACAAGCUCUCCGUCUCAGGCCCACACCCACUGCCUAUUGAAAAGCACAUCUCGCACUUCAUGCACAAUGUGUCAUUUCCUUCCCCUCAAAGGCCAAGAAUAUUAGUCCAGCUCUCGGCACAUGACACUUUGAUCCUCUCCCAGCCUGUGUGUACACCCUUACCCCUCAGCGGGGCAGACUACGGCACGCUGCUGAUGAAUCUGGGCUCUGAGAACUGCGCCACGCUGCUGCACUUUGUCCUGCUGGAGAGCAAGAUUCUGCUGCACUCACUCCGGCCCGCUGUACUCACCGGAGUGGCCGAGGCUGUGGUGGCUAUGAUUUUCCCCUUCCAGUGGCAGUGUCCUUACAUCCCCCUGUGCCCGCUCUCUCUAGCAGGCGUCCUCAACGCUCCUUGUCCAUUUAUAGUGGGUGUGGACUCCCGCUACUUCGACCUUUACGACCCCCCGCCAGAUGUUGUCUGUGUGGAUCUGGACACCAACACUAUUUACCUGUCUGAUGAAAAAAGACACAGCAACUGGAAGAACCUCCCAAAGAAGCCAUGCAAGAGUCUCGUUAACUCACUGAGCAACUUGUACCACCAGCUGGCCACUGUUUCAGUACGUCAAACAGGCGAGGAAGGCUCAGCAGUGGACAUGACCCCCAUCGAGGCGGACUUCACCUGGCACAAGAAGAAGACGGCCCUGGAGAUGGAAAUCCAGGAGGCCUUCCUUCGUUUCAUGGCGUCCAUCCUGAAGGGCUACCGCUCCUACCUCAAACCCAUCACACAGGCGCCCUCCAAAAAGGCCACGGCCGCAGACUCCCUCUAUGACCUGCAAGGGUUUCUCAAAAGCAGAGACCGCGCCCACCAGAAGUUCUACUCCCAGCUCACCAAGACCCAGAUAUUCAUCCGCUUCAUUGAGGAGUGCACCUUUGUCAGUGACAAGGACACUGGCCUGGCCUUUUUUGACGACUGCGUGGAGAAGCUUUUUCCCUCUGAUAAAAUCACCGACAAGGGCACCAAGGUUGAAGGAGAGUCAUCUGAGGACGCGAGACUGCUGGAGCUGGACGAGUCCCAGAAGAGCGAGCACACAGUCUUUGUCAUGCCCCCUGAACCUUCAGCUGACGAUGGAACUGAACCUGCCCCCAAAUACACCUAUAAAAGUUUCCCCUGGCUGCAGAUGGAGCUGUUUGACCGUCCUAGGGAGUUACGGCCAGCACUUAGCAGCAGAGCGGCAGGGGCCAGUCUGUCCAGCAGCCCUGCACUACUGGCUAAGAGGACGAAGCAGGAGAUCAAGCUAGCAUACAAAAUGGCUAAGCGGUUCUACUCCAACCCUCCGCUGUGGGCCCGGUGUCUGUUCAGUCACUGCUACAGCCUGUGGUUCAUCUGCCUGCCAGCAGCCGUGCGACUGGCAAAGUCUAAAAGUCGUGCCAUGCAGCAGGCGUACAACGUCCUCCUGAAGAUGAGGACCACUGAGGUGGAGGUGCUGGAUGAGGUGUGUUACAGAGUGGUGAUGCAGCUCUGUGGUGUGUGGGGUCUUCCUGUUAUGGCUGUGCGAGUCCUGGUUGAGAUGAAGAAAGCUGGAGUUCAUCCCAACGCCAUCACAUAUGGAUAUUACAACAAGGCCGUCUUAGAGAGCCCGUGGCCGAGCAGAAACCGUAGUGGCCUGUUUAUGUGGACCAAGCUUCGUAAUGUGCUUCGUGGAGUGGCCCAAUUCAAGCAUGCUCUACACCGAACAUCUUCCAAGAAGGGGUCCACACUUAGUACAGCAGCUGCAUCAGUAGGUGAGGAACACAACCCAUUUGCCCACAGCCACAGCAUGGAAGACACAGCAGACAACCACUGUAGUACAGGAAGGCAGUCUGAUCAAGGCUAUGGCUCCAAGGAUGAGUUACAUAAGGAGCUGGCAGAGCCUUCACAUACAGCUGUCCUUUCCGCUGAAGAGAGAAACAAUUCCAAAGAACAGCACAAUGGAGGUGACAUUGCGGGCUCGGUGGACAGUGCUGUAGCGGUAGCAGAGCCCCCCAGUCCUGUUGAUGUGUCCUCGCCUGUCCCCAGUAUUGUGAAGCUGUCCACAGGGAGCUUUGAUGGUGGCAGGGAAACAGGUACAGGGAAGCUAUUCAGGAGACACAGCACAAAUGAUAACGUGUCUCUCCCUGAUGAUGAUGCCUCGCUGCCAUCAGGGGAUGUAUCUAACCAGCCUCAACAGCAGCGGCAGAAAUCCUUUGCUGAACGCAGCUGUAGCUUCAGCGCUGAAACCCGCGCUGGGAUGCUCCUUGAGAAAGGCGUGAACCACAUGGCCAGUCAGAUGGGUGCCGAUGCCCGCAUCCUGGCUGCGGCGCUCUGUGCGGGCCAAAGUUCAACCCCUAAUAGUGUGCCCAAAGCACUUUUUAAAGACCUGGAGGAAGAGCCUGAAGAUGAUCAGGGGUUGACACUGGGGAAGCUGCCAGAGGAAGAGGGGCCAGGGGCACCAGAAGAAGGGGAGGGAGACGAGGCAAAGGGCACUGAGGAAAAACUGGAGAAACGAGAGAGGAAGCACACUGAAACACUUGAGGAGGACUCUGGGCUGCGAGGAGCGUCCCUGGAGAGGGCGGACGUGCAGGCGGGUGCUGACCCACUUUCCAUCCUGGUGACCGAGAGCGAAGAGUCGGCCUCUGUCACCAGCCAGGAGCCACCGCGCUCCAUGCCUGCUGUGGUGUCCCGCAACCUGGCCGAGGAGAUCGAAAUGUACAUGAGCCUGAGAAGCCCCCUGGGUGUGAAGUCCUCCAGCAUGGAGCUCCAGCAGGCCCAGGGAGACUCCACUGACGCCCCACAGCCCAAACUGUCAAUGGAGCGCAGGUCCAGCCUCCCCGUGCCUCAAGUCAAAACUCCAACUGGCUCCCCAGGCGAUACACCCAAACGCAGCCCCGCCACUGUUAGUCGCUCCAAGACUUUUGCAGUAAAAACAAAGACCCCCGCCAGCGCUAUGGGUAGCCCGGGUCCUAGAUCGUCCUCACUGACUGCGCUGGUCAAGUCCUCCCAGGGAGGGUCUUUGGGCUCGGUCAUUAACUCCAUUUCAGGCAUCAAGAUGGACACCCUCUUGUCGGGACCUAAAAUUGACGUGCUUAAGUCGGGCAUGAAACAGGCUGCAAAUGUGGCCAGCAAAGUGUGGGGGGCAGUUGCUUCAGCUUACUCCUACUCAGAUGACGAGGAUGAACAAGCUCAGGGUGGCGGCGGCUUCCCGUCAAGUCUGGAUGAACACAUGCUGGCUGCACAUGAAGUAGAUGGGAGUCCUGAGAAAGGAGCCAUCCCAGGGUUGGUGGCCAACGGUCUCAACCAGAGCUGCACCAGCCUGGGCAGCAGCAGUUGCAGCAGUGACACAGGCCGAGGGACCCACCAGACACAUCCUACUCCGGGACGAGUGGGCAGGGGUCCAGACUCGGAGCAGGGCUCCUCACUUCACGCUUCCUCCUCGAGCAUUUACCAGAACUGUGCACUGGAGGUGCUGAUGUCCAGUUGCUCCCAGUGCCGCUCUUGUGAAGCCCUGGUGUAUGACGAGGAGAUAAUGGCGGGCUGGACAGCUGAUGACUCCAACCUGAAUACCAACUGUCCUUUCUGUCGCACAGCCUUUCUUCCCUUAUUGCACGUGGAGUUUCACGACUUGCGCACAAUGCCCGGGUUCUACAUGAAUCCCAGUGCCUCAGGAGACAGUAUCCACAGCACCAGCGCCCAGCCCUCAGCCAGCAGCUCGGCUGACAUUAAGACACCAGACCUUAUCACUUUCCCUGAAGAGGAACCUAGGGAAACUCCUGAUGAUCAGCCUGGAACACAGAAGAGUCUGAUUCCAGAGCCGGUGCAGUCGGACCCCCUGGGUCUCCUGGAGCACCAGCAGCAGAGAUGCACUGGGACAUCACUGACGCGCAGCAACAGUGUCGGUGGCCCGCUGCAGAGCCUGGACUACUCCCAGAGACCCGGACACGGCGUCUCCACCACCAGCCUGCCCUGCAGUCUGCAAGAGAUGUCGGAUGGCAUGGGGACUAAACGGCCAAACCCCAAGCCUGUGUCCGUACCGUACCUCAGCCCCUUGGUGCUGCGCAAGGAGCUGGAGACCCUGUUGGAGAAUGAGGGAGAUCAGGUGAUCUACACCCACAAGUUCCUCAGCCAGCACCCCAUCAUCUUCUGGAACCUGGUGUGGUAUUUCCGUCGCCUGGACCUGCCCACUCACCUACCUGGUCUCAUCCUCACCUCUGAACACUGCAACAACGGAGUACAGCUGCCCCUGACGUCACUGUCCCAGGACACUAAGCAGGUAUACGUCCAGCUCCUGUGGGACAACAUCAACCUGCACCAAGAACAUGGAGAUCCCCUCUACCUGCUCUGGAGGACCUUGUUGGAGAAGAAGGGGACGUUGGCUCCGACAGACCACCAGGAGAUUCGUACCCUCCUCAACACAAUUGUUCGCAACAUCCAGACCAAUGACGUCUACGGGCCAAUCAACCUGUUGAUCCGAGAGAUCAAACGGCGCCCAGAGGGUGUCAAACGGCAGAGGAGUAUCUAUAGAGAAAUAUUGUUCCUCUCACUGGUGGCCUUGGGGAAGGAGAACAUCGACGUAGAGGCCUUCGACAGGGAGUACCGCCUGGCUUACGACGAACUGAGCGCUGAGCAGCUCAAGUCUUUGCACCGCAUGGAUCGACCGCCCAGCCCCAGCGUCCAGUGGUGCCUUAAAUGCUUUGGAACCCCCUUCAUCUGACCACCAACACCUGCAGCAAAGAUGAAAAAUCUGACUGGCCAAGUGCGACGGCAGGAGGGAAGGAUAGGCGGCGGGCCGGGGUGUGAGCGGAAAAUGAUUUUGUAUUUAAACACCUCCAAUCGCCCGAACAUGGUACUUCUUUUUCCCCUCGUCUUGGAAGAUGCCCAUUGUCUGCUUUUUUUACAACCAUAUUAUGCUUUUCAUGGGUUUUCCGAGCAGCAACUUACAGGUGGGACUGUGUCUGUAAAUCGCUUGGUAAGCUGCAGUGAAUCAUUUAGGACUAGUUGAGGUGUGUUUCUUUACAGAUGGUGUACAGAAUGAUUAAUCACUGUACAUAAUAUUGACUGCCCAUAGGGUGACAUAGCUGUGUUUGUGUGCGUGUGUGUGUGUGUGUGUGUGUGUGUGUGUGUGUGUGUGUGUGUGUGUGUGUGUGUGUGUAAUUAUGCAGUUACUUCCCUGUCUCGUAGCCUUUUGCCCACUUUGCUUAAAUCUGUCCUAAGUAUCCCAGAUUAGAUCAGUCUGAGUUAUUUGAGACUGUGUACAGACCCCGAUUGUUCCUUUGUGCACUUUCAAAAAAACAAAAAAACAACCCCAGUAACUCAAGUCCAACUGUCUUUUUUGUACAUAUUGUUUACUUUGGGGGGGGGAUCUGAAACCAGGGUUGCCUGUUUUUUGGAGGUCUCAAUGCCUUGACUGUUUGUGUGAUCCACGUCUUAAUGAAUGUUCCAGUUUGUUUCAUUUUAACUGUACAGGUUCAUAGUGAGGCUCUCUGUCUGUGUAAAUAUGUUGGAAGCACACUUGUAAAUGGGAGAGGACUGAGGACAAUCACUAAUUAUCAAUCACUAAAAUUGAUUCUACAACAUUCCAGGUUUCCUGCAAUCAAAACAGGUCUAAAAAAGUAUUACUGAUCUCUGCAACAAUCUCUGGAGAGAUUAUAAAAACUAUCAAUUCCCACACAUUAAAACAAGACGCAUGUUCUCUUGCAGGGAAAGACAGCUUGGUGACGGAACAGUCAGUCCAACUUGUGUUUUUAAUAUCUGCAUUUUUUUAACAGUAACGAACUGUACUUGUUCAGCUAAUAUGUCUUAUUGUAAUGUUAAAUUAGAGCUGUAACUUACAUGUACUGGGGCUAUUCCUUACUCUAGCAUAGAAUGAACCACAAAGUUGUUUGUUUUUUAUAAAUUGGGUAUAUUAUUUGCGGACAAGAUUGCUUUUAUGGUUUUCACACAGUAGCUUUGGAUGAUGUUGGUAGCAAUUAGAGCUUUAUACCGCAAAGGGCUUCUUCAGUAGUGCUGACACUGUGUUAAGAAAUACUUUUUACAACACGACAUUCCACUAAAUGCUGAAACAGACAGGGAAAAUAAGCAAAGUGUUGCAAUGAACUGUUGAAGUGCUGCAAUGAAAUGGGUGUAGAUGGUCCUAUUGUAGACUUGGGGGAAUGACUUGUACAGAAGCGAUGAUAUUGUGAAAUAUUAAAUUUGCACUGCAAAGAUUGAAACCUGACCUUCAUCAGGGUGAGGAUGAGAUGCGUCCACCUCGAAACAUUAACAACAUACAGUAGUUUUUCCUCCAAAACAAAAAGAAAUUCUCAGUUAUUUAUUUUUGUAUUGACAUUUGGAUUGCAGAUUGGAUUUCUAACUUAGUAUUUUUAUGAUUUAACAAUCCCCCCUUUCCCUUUUUAAUCUGUCUUUUUCCACCCUGUACUGACUUUGUAAAUUUGACCUCCUUAUGUCAGAGGAUGUACAGAAGAGACUGCUGUUUAACAAUAGAUUAAGUGAUCUCUUACCGUCCUGUGGAAAGGAACUGAAUGUCUAUACUUAAGUGCGCUGCAAUAAAUGAGUUUGUGAACUGA